AUGCAGCAAGUCCUCACCAGAUUUGAAGAAUUACGAAUGAAAGAUGAAGAAACCAUCGUCGAAUUUAAUGCUAGGGUUCAAGAGUUGAAAAACGAAGCUGUCGUAUUGGGGGAACCAUUCUCCUCGGACAAACUGGUCAGGAAGAUCCUUCAAUCUCUUCCUGUACGCUUCAGGAUGAAAGUCACAGCAAUUCAAGAAAGCAUAGGCUGGGAAACGAAAUCUGUUGCGGAACUGAUGAGCAAUCUAAGAACAUACGAAAUGGAUAUUCUAUCGCAAGACAACAAUUCAAAAAGGGGCAAGAAUGUUGCGUUUAUUGCCGAAGAAUGUGACUCAGAAGAAGAAUGUGAAGAAUUGGAUGAUGAAUCUGUGGCAAUGAUAACAAGAAAUUUCACCAAGAUUCUCAAACAAAUAAAUCGAAGAAACAGAGGAGGCAAGAAUCAACAAAACAGAUCCAACAGUGCUGCUCCAUCCUCGUCUAACUCAUCGCGAACCGUCGGAAAAUCGUCAAAUUUGAAUCAACAGAAAAACUUUGGUCAAAGCAAUCAAUUCGGUCAAAAUCAAAACUUGACUCGAAAAAAUCAAUGGCAGCAAGGGGAAGUUAGGAACAAAAACAAAGGAAUUCAGUGCAGAGAGUGUGAAGGGUUCGGACACAUUCAAGUGGAAUGUGCCACUUACCUUAAAAGAAAGAAGUCCAUGAAGGCAACAACCUGGAGUGAUGAAAAAAGAAAGAAGUCCAUGAAGGCAACAACCUGGAGUGAUGAAGAAAGAAAGAAGUCCAUGAAGGCAACAACCUGGAGUGAUGAAGAGUGUUCUAAGUCCAUGAAGGCAACAACCUGGAGUGAUGAAGAGUGUUCUGAAGAAGCUCAAGAUGAAGAUGAAGAAAUAUCUGGAAACUUCGUAGAAGCUCAAGAUGAAGAUGAAGAAAUAUCUGGAAACUUCGUAGCCUUCACUGCAGUUGUUACUGAACCUAAUUCGGAUUUGGAUAAUGAUUCAGAUCAAGAAGAUGUAGAUAAAAUACCUUAUGAAGAACUUGAACAAUCCUACAUCAAACUGUACAAGAAAUGGGAUAUUCUCUUGAAGACUCACACAACCACAAAUUCAAAAAAUGAGUUUCUUGAAAAGAACAUUGAAUCCCUGAAGAAACAAGUUGCUGAUACAAAUGCUGAACUGUCCGAAUCCAACUCCAAAGUGAUGAAGCUCUCGGCAGAAUUGGAAGCUUACAAGAAACAGAUUCAAAUGAUGAACACAACAUCAACUCUCAAUCAAAUCCUUGACUCCGGAAGAUCACCUAACGUUCGAAAUGGUUUGGGGUACACUCAAAACUCUCAAAAUUCUUUCACUACUAAGUUUGUCCCUGCAGGUACUAGUACUUGGACAAAUGCUGAAACCCACCAGAAGACUUUGAGGAAAUAUAAUCCAACAUGUCACUACUGCUACAAGAAAGGCCACACGAGACCAGAAUGUUACAGGUUCUAUAGUGAUCAGAGAACUGACAAAUUUCAAAAGAAAUGGAUCACUCCAGUCAGUCGUCAAGUUUGGGUAAGAAAAUCUGAUCUAGUUUGCUACUCUAUCCUUCUUGGAAAAGAACAGGGAAAAUGGUAUUUCGACAGUGGCUGCUCUAGGCAUAUGACUGGCAGUAAAGAAUUCUUCAAGAAUGUAAUUCCAUAUACUGGACAAGUGACCUUUGGUGAUGGAAUUAAGGGUGACAUCAUGGGCAUUGGGAUCCUCAAUGUAGCUGGACUGCCCUCACUAUCGAAGGUACUGCUGGUACAGGGUCUUAAAGCAAAUCUGAUCAGCAUCAGCCAAUUGUGUGACCAAAAGUUGAAUGUAGGGUUCACGAAAGAUCGAUGCAUUGUUAAGGACAAACUGAACAAAGUUAUUAUGGAAGCUGGGAAAGCAAACCAGAACCCCACACAAACAUUUCAAUCAUAUAGGAACCUCUUCGUGUCUGGAUCUUCUGCAUAUGGACCUAAUCGGACCAACACAGGUGGAAAGUUUGGGAGAAACAAAUCAGAAACCUUUGAACAUUUUGAGAAACUGUGCUUGAAGCUACAAAAAGAAAAGGGUCUGCAUAUUGGUAAAAUUGUGAGGAUUAGGUCAGAUCAUGGUCUGCAUAUUGGUAAAAUUGUGAGGAUUAGGUCAGAUCAUGGUAGGGAAUUCGAAAACCAGCACUUCUCAACCUUCUGCUCCAAAAAUGGGAUCAGCCAUCAGCACUUCUCAACCUUCUGCUCCAAAAAUGGGAUCAGCCAUGAAUUCUCAGCCCCAAUCUGCUCCAAAAAUGGGAUCAGCCAUGAAUUCUCAGCCCCAAAAUGCUCCAAAAAUGGGAUCAGCCAUGAAUUCUCAGCCCCAAAAACCCCCCAGCAAAAUGGAGUAGUUGAAUUCUCAGCCCCAAAAACCCCCCAGCAAAAUGGAGUAGUUGAGCGAAAAAACAGAACCAUCCAAGAAAUGGCUCGAGUCUUGAUAAACAGCAAAAACCUUCCUCAGUUCUUUUGGGCAGAGGCAGUUCAUACUGCUUGUCAUAUAAUCAACAGAGUGUAUCUUAGACCUGGGAUGUCGCAUACACCAUAUGAGCUGUGGCGAGGAAGGAAACCAAAUUUGAAGUACUUUCGCAUUUUUGGCAGUAGAUGCUAUAUCCUAAAUGACAGAGAAAAGGUUGGAAAAUUUGAACCAAAGAGUGAUGAAGGCAUAUUCUUAGGGUACUCACCAAAUAGUCGAGCCUACAGAGUCUACAAAAAGCGUAUCAAGACUGUCCAAGAAUCUGUCAAUGUAAUUGUAGACGAUCAACUGCAACCAGUUGGAAAUUAUCUACCAGCUGCUGAUCUUGAGCAGAACCAAACAAAAACAACUGAUGAAAAAGGAGUCAAGAAACAGAACCAAACAAAAACAACUGAUGAAAAAGGAGUCAAGAAAUCUGAGUCAACAAAAACAACUGAUGAAAAAGGAGUCAAGAAAUCUGAGUCAGACUCUGAACUAGAUGACUCCGAUCCAGACACUGAACAGUCAGACUCUGAACUAGAUGACUCCGAUCCAGACACUGAACAAUACCAAAGAAAGCUAGAUGACUCCGAUCCAGACACUGAACAAUACCAAAGAAAGUCAGACGAUGAAAAAGGCAUCAAGAAAUCUGAGCUAAAAUCGGAAUCAGAGGACUUAAAAUCACCCACUAAACAACAGCCAAAUGUAGGUAACCAUCCAUCUACACUGUCAAAGCAAGUUCCCACACAUGUUCAAAAGAAUCAUCCCGCUGAGAACAUAUUGGGGACACCCACCGCCGGUGUUCGAACCAGAGGAAUGCUAAGAGGCAGUCUAGCUGAGUUAUCUGGGUACGCGUGUUACACAUCAAAAUUUGAACCCAAGAAUUACAAAGAAGCACUUCAAGAUGAAGUCUGGAUAAGGGCUAUGCAGGAUGAACUUGCUCAAUUUGAGAGCUGGAUAAGGGCUAUGCAGGAUGAACUUGCUCAAUUUGAGAGAUGGAUAAGGGCUAUGCAGGAUGAACUUGCUCAAUUUGAGAGAAAGAUAAGGGCUAUGCAGGAUGAACUUGCUCAAUUUGAGAGAAAUAUAAGGGCUAUGCAGGAUGAACUUGCUCAAUUUGAGAGAAAUGAGGUAUGUAUGCAGGAUGAACUUGCUCAAUUUGAGAGAAAUGAGGGAAAUGUGGCCAGAAACAAGGCCAGACUGGUGGCUCAAGGAUACUCACAAGUUGAAGGGAUUGACUAUGAAGAAACGUUUGCCACUGUGGCCAGACUUGAGUCAGUCAGAUUACUGUUGGCCGUCUCCUGCAUUCUGAACUUUCAACUGAACCAGAUGGACGUAAAGACCGCCUUUUUGAAUGGACUUCUCAAUGAGGAAAUCUUCGUAGCUCAACCAAAAGGAUUUGAGAAUCCACAUCAUCCUAAUUACGUAUACAAACUGAAAAGGGCCCUUUAUGGUCUGAAACAGGCACCAAGAGCAUGGUAUGAACGACUCACCCAAUAUCUUCUGAAAAAUGGGUACACUCGCGGUGGGGCAGACAAAACACUGUUUGUUAAAAAGACCACUGGACAUAUAACUGUGGCCCAGGUUUAUGUAGAUGACAUCGUUUUCGGCUCAACAUCCCCUGCAAAUGUUAAGGAGUUCAUUCAAGUCAUGGAAAAGGAAUUUGAAAUGAGCAUGAUAGGGGAACUGACAUGCUUCUUGGGUCUACAAGUAAAACAGAUGGAAACAGGGUUGUUUCUGUCACAAACCAAAUAUGCCCAAAACUUGGUCAAAAGAUUUGGUCUUGACUCUGCUAAGGAAGCUAAAACACCUCUUUCCACAACGCUAAAACUAUCAAAAGACUCCAACUCAAAACCUGUUGAAGGCAAACUCUAUCGAAGUAUGAUUGGCAGUCUACUGUACUUAACGGCAAGCAGACCUGAUAUAAUGUUCAGUGUAGGUCUGUGUGCACGCUUCCAAGCAAAUCCAAGGGAGGCACACUUGAAUGCAGUUAAAAGAAUAAUCAAAUAUGUUAAGGGGACUGUGAAUUAUGAUCUAUGGUAUUCGCGUGACUCAGGAACUGAACUACUUGGAUACAGCGAUGCUGACUGGGCAGGAAAUCUGGAGGACAGAAAAAGUACAUCAGGAGGGUGUUUUUUCUUAGGAAAAAACCUUGUUUCAUGGUUCAGCAAGAAGCAAAACUCAAUCUCAUUAUCUACGGCAGAAGCUGAAUACAUAGCUGCUGGGAGUUGCUGCACUCAACUUAUAUGGAUGAAACAGAUGCUGAACGAUUAUGGCCUAAAGUUCAGUAGUGCUGAUCUUCACUGCGACAACACCAGAGCUAUCAAUAUUGCAAAAAACCCUGUCCAGCAUUCCCGCACUAAGCAUAUAGAUAUCAGACAUCAUUUUAUCAGGGAUCUUGUGGAAAGUGGAGACAUAAAAAUGCACUACAUACCAACAGACAAACAACUGGGAGACAUAUUCACAAAGGCACUGGAUCCGACCAGAUUCAACAUCCUAAAAUCAGAACUCGGCAUGUGUAAUGGCCCACCGAACUAG